CGCACCCGCCACAGUCGGUGCAGCGCAAGUUCAUGGCCAAGCCGCCGAGGCGCCAAAGCAGGAGCCAGCUGUCGACGCGAACGGUGUCAAGAUUGAGCCUAGCGCGACGCCCGCUGCUGGAAACGAGGACACGGACAUGGGCGAUGGGUCGAUGGCGCAGUCUGACGAUGAGGGCGAGGGAGAAGGAGAGGGAGAUGAUCGCUCCGAGGGCUCUGAUGACGAAGACCAAGAUGGUGAGGGUGAGGGAAGUCAGACGCACGACCAGGACGACGAUAACCGCAUGGUUCUCGACAACCUCCCCCCCGAGCCGAAGGUUCCAGCCCCCAAACCGGCCAUCUCGGGCGACUUCCCCGUCGAGACUGCGCAUGGAGGGUUUGGCGGACAAGUCGGCGGACAGGGACCUACGACGAGUGGUAGCCCGUUGAAACAUGCGUUCACGCCACAAUCGUACUCGCCGACCCUAAGCGCGGAGGGUGGAGCGGAGAAUGCGCCUGCGGAUGCCUUUGGGGGGGAUCAGUUACAGGGGCAUUUCGAGCAGCAGCAGGCGUUCCAUGAACAGGACCAGCAGCAGCAGCAGCAUCAGUGCCCUGAACCCCAACGGUACCAAGAACACCCCCACGACGCAGCAGCAGCAGAUACACCCUCAGCCUUCGACGUCAGUGCCACCGAUUUCGCAGGUAUGCUCUCGGACACCCCACCACAGUUCAGUGAGCAGCAAGGGGAGGGAGGGGAUGAGAUGUUACUUGAUUCUGUGCAGGGACAUGAUGAGCAUCAGCUGCCGGAUUUGUCGGAUUUCGAUCCGCAUGCUUCUACGGAGGCGCAGGGGGAGCAGGGAGUUGGUGGGGAAGAGGGGGGGGAGGAGAAGUUUGAGGAUCUGUUGGGGAGUUUGGAGGAGCAUUUGAAUGAUGGGAGUGGAGAGGGGGAGGGGCCUAUGGCGCUGGUUGGUGUGGAGGAGGCGGAGCCGGUUGUGGAGGUGGCGGCGGAUGAGGUUGCGCCGGCUGCUGUGGCUGAGGAAGCACCAGAUGCUGCUGUGGUAGCUGAGGAGCAGAAACCGGUUGAAGAACAAAAGAUGGAGGAAGCACCCGCUGCUCCUGCACCAGAGGUCAUUGAGCCUGCAUCUGCCCCCGCGGAACCCGAGACCGCGAGUGCCGAGGCGAAGGAUGCGGAACCAGCUGUAGUGGUGGAGGUAAAGGAGGUCGCCGUUUUGCCAGCUAAGGAGGCGGAGAGUGUCGUCCCUGAAGCACCGGUCGCUGUGGAGGCGGAGGAGCCGGCUGCGGGUGUGGUUGAAGAGCCAUCUGCGCCUGUGGAGGUCGAAGCACCUGCUGCUGUUGAGGAGGCGGUAGUGGAGGCGCCAUGUGUGGUUGAAGCGCCUGCUAUUGUCGAGGAAGCGACAGCAGUAGUACCAGACGUUGUGGCGCCGGAGGAGGCGAAGGAGGAAAUGAAACAGGUUGCGCGGGAGACGACACAGGAGCCUGAACCAGAGGUCGCGAAGGAAGUUACACCUGAAGCUGCCAGGGAGGGAGAGGCGGUGGAAGUAGCGCAGGGAGAGACGAAGGAGAAGGAGGGGCAGGCUGCUGAGGAGGAGAGUGCUGCUGCGUAGAUAUUCUAAGAUGGGGGUGUUGUUAUGGUAUAUGUGGGGGGAGGGGAUGAUGUUUAUUUAUUUUUUGGUGGGAGGAG